CCCCUCUGCGCUCCCCUUCACAUACCACUCACACUCUGUCUGCCUCCCUCCCUCUCUCUCUCUCUCUCUCGGCUGAAGCUAAACCACAACCUGCUCCCGACGACGCCCUAUCGCCCAUGAGAUUCCAGAGUCCACCGCGCGCCUGUUUCGCACGAGACGAAGCCGUCGGGUUCUCAUUAUAACGUCAGGCUGCGCGCGCGAGCUGCCUGCCGCGUCACCUCGGCUAUAAGAGGGGAAAAAAAAUAAAGAAGGAGGAGGAGGAGAGAGAGAGAGAGGGGGGGUGUUUGGUCAUUCUGAAUCCAGAAAUAAAUAACAAUAAUAAAAAAAAAACAACAACAAAAAACAGCGAGUUUGGGAGACGUCUGCAGCGGGAAGGAAAAGGGAUCUGCAACUGAGAUGGCGGAGGUGUCACAAGAGGAGAGACUCCAGGUCAUUGCUGAGAAGAGGAAGAAGCAGACAGAGAUUGAAAACAAGAGGAGGCAGCUUGAUGACGACCGACGGCAACUCCAGCAUCUCAAGUCAAAGUCACUGAGGGAGCGCUGGUUGCUAGAUGGAGCUCCAGCAGAAGAGGAGACGCAGAGGCGUCUGCAGGAGGACGAGAUGAAGACCAAGCUUCUGGAACAGGUCAUCCUCAGGCUGGAGCAAGAAAUUGAAGAACUGGAGACAGGCGUGCCAGCUAAUAAAGGUGUGGCCAAAGAAAAUGGUGAGAACGGAGUAGUGCAGACCUCCGGCCAGACCCCGAAGAGAGAGGUAACGGGGGUCGAAGCCAAGCUGCUGGGCCCCAGCCCCGACCAAGCCAGCGAGGACAACCCAGUGACCCUGGUGUUCAUGGGCUACAAGACCGUUGAGGACGAGAAGGAGACGCACACAGCCCUGGGCAUGGAGGGCGUGGACGGCAAUGUGAAGGCCGAGUUCGUGGUGAUUGACGACGGCGAGGGGAAGGCGGCGGACGCAGCCAUGGAGGAGCAGGCCCCGCCCAAUGGCAGCAUGGCGGAAAAAGAGAAGGCCAACGGAGGCGGAGAGGAGGGAGAGAAGGAGAAGAAACAGACCUGCAAAUGCUGCACGGUGAUGUGAGAUGUGUGUGUUUAUCUGCGUGCGUGUGUGUAUGUGUGUGUGUGUAUGUAUGUUUGUGUGAGACUGACUGCGUAUGGGUGAGUACACACCUGCACCUGAGCAGGACCGUAUGCCAUUGCAUGAGUCCAUAUU